AUGGCAUGGUCGCUCAAGAAAAUCCUUAAGUUAAAAGAAAGCGUCAAGAAGAUGUUUGUUAUUCAAAUUGGAGAUGGUAGAGGAACACUCUUUUGGCAUAACCCGUGGUUUGAAGAGAUUUUAAUCGUUCUUAAAGAUGAAUUUGGGCGUACUCAAAUUACAAGGGGCUGCCAUGAUGCUAUUGUCCGUGAUAUUAAGGAGGGGGAGUGGAACACGCUUUUGAGACAAAUCCUAGAAGGUACGAGAAUCCUUGAUCAUUUACAUGCUUUACAAUUUAAUGUGCAUAUGGAUACUCGUGUCUGGAAGGUUGAACAAUGUGGUAAAUUUGUUGCGGGAUUGGCUUUGGAUAUGAUACGUGUUAGGAGUGAUUAUGUUCAAUGGUUUCAUGUUAUUUGGUCUCCCAAGAUUAUACCUAGGCACCAAUUCAUGUUAUGGUUUCACUUUAGAUGGAGGUUUAAUACACGUGAUAGGAUCAUGAAAUAUAUAGAUAUUCUUGAGUCAAAAUGCUUACAUUGUAAUGAUGUGGAUUAG